CAUAAUUCGUACAAUAUGAAUAUUGUUCGAAAUUUUAUGUCCUGCCGUCUCGCUGUUGGUUAUUAUGCGCGCAAUGCUCUGGGCAAUCAAAUAUUAAAAAGAGGUAGUCAUGUUGUGUCGUACCGAAGUGCUCCUCCGGAGCACUCAAAGGCAACUAAAAUCGGAGCUGUAGUCGUUGGUGGAGCAAUGUGGUGGUGGGUAAUAUGGCACUUAUGGCAUGAACCCGAUCACAUAACGGGAGAAUUCGACUACCCUACCCCAUCAAAAUGGACCAAUUCAGAGUUGGGUAUUCCAAGAGAUGAUGCAUAAUGACUCGCUAUGAUCCAACAAAUCUCGUAUUAAAAGUAGCUGAAAAAAAUUAAAUAAAAACGCUUGGCGUUUAUAAUUAUAUUAUGUAUCAUUUUAUACACGCCCUUGUAAAAUGGACAAAGUGCAGUGGUGAAUUUUUAAAUCAUCUGUGACUACAUCAAGGAUUCACCUUCCUGACCAGCAUAAAGAGACAUGAAUAUUGGGAUGUUUAUAUGCACAACUGUCUCGACUUUAAGUCUGUGCACAAUGGUUCAAUGCAUAUAACUGAAGAAGGCGGUUUUCCGCUUACUUUGAUUGGACAUAUCGGGCUGCUAUUUUCGUGGCACAAUGAACUCCUCCGAAAUGACGACCGAUUUUCGUGAUAAAAUUUCAAGUUCAAUAACAAACAUUGUAACCCAA